AUGGAGAGGAGCCUGGGCAACACCCGGCAGGAGAGGAGUGUUCCCGCCAUGCGUGGGGGGAUCUGUCUGUGGAGCCCCUCCAAGGACGUGAACACCCGAGGGAAGAGUAUCCCCUGUCCUCGGUUUCGGAAUGACAGCAAUUACACACCCCGUUCCCUCCUGGGGAUAGGAAUACGAACCGGCGCGGCACAACUUCCUAUUCCUGUUGCUUUUCGUGGCGUGCUGGGGAGGCACCGGUUUGUUAGUGAGAGCCGGGAGUGCGGUAUUGGCGAUGAUGAACAAGGUUACGACCUGGACUUGUUCUGCAUACCUAAACAUUAUGCAGAUGAUUUGGAAAAAGUCUAUAUUCCUCAUGGGCUCAUCAUGGACAGGACGGAGAGACUGGCACGAGAAAUUAUGAAGGGCAUGGGAGGACACCACAUUGUAGCACUCUGUGUACUCAAGGGUGGCUAUAAAUUUUUUGCUGAUUUAUUAGACUACAUCAAAGCACUGAACAGAAACAGUGACAAAUCAAUCCCCAUGACUGUCGACUUCAUUAGGUUGAAGAGUUAUUGUAAUGAUCAGUCAACUGGAGAUAUAAAAGUCAUUGGUGGGGAUGACCUCUCAACCUUAACUGGAAAGAAUGUUCUGAUUGUAGAAGAUAUAAUUGAUACUGGUAAAACAAUGAAAACGUUGCUGUCUCUACUUAAACAGUACAAUCCAAAGAUGGUGAAAGUAGCCAGUUUGUUGGUAAAAAGAACUCCUCGAAGUGUGGGAUAUCGGCCAGACUUUGUUGGAUUUGAAGUGCCAGACAAAUUUGUUGUGGGAUACGCCCUAGAUUACAAUGAAUACUUUAGAGAUUUGAACCAUAUCUGUGUGAUCAGCGAGACGGGGAAGCAGAAGUACAAAGCAUGAAAGCAUAGUUCAAGUGCUAUGACAACAGAGCUUUGAAAUGUUUUGUUUACUGAGUCCUAUCUUUCACAGGCUUCAACUCUGGUACACCAACUAAAAUUGUAGAGUGCCCCAGCCCCAUUGUCAUAUGCUUACUAUAAUUUAUUGCAUGUACAAUAUAAGAUCUCGUCUUGUUCAUUUAUAUUUUAGAAAUGUAAACAGCUAGUGCAAUCCUGCACUCCUUAUUUUGAUUUGCACUAUGACUCUACCGACUAUUGCUGCCCCUGGUUGGGUUGUGCUGUUUGUGAGCUCCAGAGUCUAACUCUUGCAGUGGUAAAUUGCUUAAACCUCAUCAACCCAGAACUGAAAUAGUUCAAGUACUGUAAAUGUAAAACAUUUUAUGAUAGGGAAGUCUAUUAGUAAUAUUUUUUAAAUCUGUAAUUUAAGUUUUAUAUUUUAAUGCACAAAUGUGAUUGUGAUUAAUGGAUAGUUGCACCUUUGGGUGUUAUAAAGCAUGAGGAGCAGCCAGUUACAGUAUCUGUAAUCUCCAAGGAGCUCAUUCAGACCUCCUGGAGUUGCCUUAUUGCUGUAAGGGAAGUCUGGGUGAAAAAUACCUUUUUGUUUGUUUGUUUGUUUUAAAGGAGAUGGAAUGACAAAACAGAAUGUUUAGAAUCUAGUUUUAGUUGAGCUGCCUGUUUCUGUUAGAUUUUUUUUUUUUUUAAAAAUAUCCAUCAGCCAGUGGAAUUGCCUUUUAAAUUUAAACAAUUUUAAUAUAUUUCUGAAAAAGUAUUGUAAUGUUUACUUUAUAAGAUCUACAAAACAAAGUACUUUAAAUAAAGGCUGUCUC